UUAAUAAACUAAUCUCGCACGCCAGCUGCGAUGUCACGCAUUGUAGAGAUCACCAUUUUAUCAGCGGAAGACCUCAGAAUCAAUGGAAAGCCCUUGACGAAGAAGGCAUUCGUGUCAGUUCGAGCCGACUGUUGCGCUGCCUUUGAGACAAAAAUGAACACAGAGGGUGGGAGCUGCCCGUCAUGGAAGGAGAAACUUGUGGUCGAAGUGCCGCUGCAUGCGAGCUUUAUACUGGCUGAGGUUAAGUGCAGAACCUUGACUGGAAUUAAGAGCAUAGGGACGGCAAGAGUGCCGGUGUCGGACUUCAUUGAAGGGUAUGUACCGGAGAAUGAACUGCAUUUCUUGAGCUAUAGGAUGUGGGACUGUAAAGUGAGAAGAAACGGGAUUCUUAAUGUUUCCGUGAGGGUGAAGGCAUCGGAAUGUUCUCUGGCAGCAGCUUCACAGCCGGUGAAAGGCAUGCCUGUCUGCAUUAGCAGCAACGCUUUGACCGGAGUCGCUGCUGGGAUCCCGGUUUGGUUGAAAUACUGAAGCUUUUGGUUUGAUUGGAAUCCAUUCGAUUA